UCAGGUUCACUUGCACAACGAAUUGCAGUAGCAACCCACCCUUCAUUCACAGCAAGAAUCCAUCAAUCAUAAUGGCAGCCACCGGAGAAUCGCAACCCGCAAAACACCAAGAAGUUGGUCACAAGAGUCUCCUUCAAAGCGAUGCACUCUACCAAUACAUUCUGGAAACCAGUGUUUACCCUAGGGAACCACAGCCCAUGAAAGAGCUCCGAGAGGUCACUGCUAAACACCCUUGGAAUCUGAUGACAACAUCAGCUGACGAAGGGCAGUUUUUAAAUCUACUUCUCAAGCUUAUAAAUGCUAAGAACACGAUGGAGAUCGGUGUGUACACUGGUUAUUCCCUUCUUUCUACGGCCCUUGCUCUCCCAGAAGAUGGAAAGAUAUUGGCUUUGGACAUAAAUCGUGAAAACUACGAAAUCGGUCUUCCGAUUAUCGAGAAAGCUGGUGUUGCUCACAAAAUCGACUUUAGAGAAGGCCCUGCUCUUCCCCUUCUUGAUCAAAUGGUUGAGGAUGCAACAUUUCAUGGAUCUUUUGAUUUUAUAUUCGUGGAUGCAGAUAAAGAUAACUACCUUAACUACCACAAAAGGUUAAUUGAUCUAGUGAAAGUUGGCGGAGUCAUUGGCUACGAUAACACCCUUUGGAAUGGGUCUUUAGUGGCCCCACCAGACGCACCGCUAAGAAAGUAUGUUAGGUAUUACAGAGAUUUCGUGUUAGAACUUAACAAAGCUUUAGCGGUUGACCCGAGAGUAGAGAUUUGUCAACUUCCUGUGGGUGAUGGAAUCACUUUAUGCCGUCGUGUAAGUUAAAUGCAUAUCAUGGGAUAAGUGUAACUAAAACCCAAUCAAAGUGUAUGUCAUUUAUGUUGCUUUUGGUGUUUCAUUCCUAAAAAUAAUCAUAUUUACGAUUCUUUUGGUAA